GGUUCCCGGGGAAAGGGGCGGAGUUUCCCGGGGAUUGAGUUGGAGGUUCGGCCGGAGAAGCUUCGAGCUCACGCCGACAAGUGUUGAAAUAGUUCCCGGGGUGGGAGGAUGGAAGUCGUUGGCCGGUGAGGAGUGGACCGAGCGGGGGUUGUUUACCUGCGACGUGUCGGAGGACCGAGGCGACCAUGGCGGACCGGCGGACGAGCGGCGGCAGCGAGCCGCAGUUUGGCAAGAUGUCUGCGGGCAGAGCAGCUUCUAUCGGCCGCCUGCUGACGCGGGAAUGUUGCAGCCUGUUGGACUUUUACAGUAAGAGAGAGAACCUCCCCGCCGAUGUGGGCGUGGCGGACCCCCGGCUGGUGUCGGUCCCGCCCCCUUCCUCCCAGCUGGACUCCCGGGACCAGCUGUGGCGCCUCCACGUGGCCUUGCUGCAGUGCCGCCACCUGAUGGAGAGCGCCAUCGCCAAGGAGGACGAGGAGCUGGGCGUGGACGCGGGCGAGUACGCCGGCCUGAGGUCCACGGUCAAGGAGAGGCUCAAGCUCCUCGCCUUCUGCGUCUCCGAACUGGUCGGCGCCGGGGACGGCCCGGCUGUGCCCACACCCGCCUUCAGUGACAGCUUGGAGCGGGCGGACGACAGUCUUUUCGAGCUGAAGCUGCUGGUGCUGCGCAUCUUCAAGGAGGUGGACUACUGGGCCAAGACUGCCGUGGCCAUCUUGCAGACUAUGUCCAAGGAGCAGGCCAGGAACCCCCGCCUGAGGAGGAGCAUCCGCAGCACCAGGAGAUGAAGUGCAGGUGCAAGGGGGAGGUCACAGGGGGAGGUCACAGGGUACGCACGUUCCUCGCUCCUGUUUCCGACAAGUUCCGUUGGCUUUGUUUUGGACUGCAAGGUUGCAUUUGUCAGUACUUUUGUGACCAGACAGACUAAAAGAUGGAUUAUUGCAAAGGUGUCCAAAGUUUGCUCCGGGGCCAUUUUUAAACAACCCCUGGAAAAUUCAUUAAAUUGUAUUACAAAAAAACACAUACAAUUAGAAUUAAAGAGCAAAUGUAAGGAGAAAAAGGUUCGAUGUGGACGAAGCUGCCAUGCAGGCUGUUUUCUUUAAAACUGGAAUAAUAAUCAUAAUUAGGCCCUGUGAUGAGGUGGCGACUUGUCCAGGGUGUACCCCGCCUUCCGCCCGAAUGCAGCUGAGAUAGGCUCCCGCGACCCCAAAGGGAAUAAGCGGUAGAAAAUGGAUGGAUGGAUGGAUAAUUAUGAAUCACAAUCAAUGUUAUGAAUUAUUGACUUAUUGAAGGCUCCAAUUACUUCACAUAGAAAAAUCCUCUUUGCUAAAUUUUCUGGCAAAAUAUUGUUUUAUUUGUGUGUUCCUCAUAAAAAAAAAGGGGCAUAAAACAAAUGUAAAGAAAUGAUAAAAACCUAAAAUUCACAAAUAGAUGUGAAGUUGAAAGGAAAAAUAAAAUAAUGUAAGACUUAAUUUGAACACUUUAGUGAGUGGGCUCCUUUUGGGCCCUUGAAAAUUUUUGUGGAUUUAAAAAAAAUUUUUUUACUCUCAUUGCUGGAAAAAUAAUAAUGAAUCAAAAUCAUUGUUGGUAUGAAUUAUUGACCUUUUGAAGGCUCUGAUUACUUCACAUCAAAUUUUCCUCUCUGCAAUAAUUUUUGGGGGAAAAUAUUGUAUUUUUUGUGCGUUUUUCAUUAAAACACAGUUUUCUAUUAGAAAAACGACAUAAAACGAACAUAAUGUAAUGAUUAAAACCUAAAAUCCACAAAUAGAUCUGAAGUUUAUCUGGAGAUUUGAUUUAUUCAUGUAUGUAUGUAUACAUAUAUGUAUGUAUAUGUAUAUCUAUUUAUAUAUACAUAUUUCUAUAUA